AUGUCCCCUCUUGGGCGUGCCCGCGAUAAGCAGUGUGUUUCUAAGGAACGUUCCCAGCGCGGAGCUAAGAGCGGCAACACUGGUGGCGAUGGAGAUAUAACGGAGGUCCGACCUAUAGCGCGUUGCCUCCGGAGCGGUAGGCGACAGACGUGUAAUGACGACCCUUCCAAGAAUGAAGGCUUGAAGACGGACGGAGGCGACGUUCCUGUGCAGGUAUACAAGACCAAGCUGGAGACCGAGGCGGAGCUCCUAGAGCCUCACGACCUUGUCUAUCGCCUCCGCACAGCAAAACACCCCGAGAACAUGAAACACCUGACGCUAUUCAACGCGGACGGCGUUGGUUGUGUCGUGGAAGCUUCGGACAUCAUCACCAUCGCCGACGGUGAAUGUGUCACCGACGCCAUCGUUGACUUUCACAAUGUCGUUCCAACGAGGGUCAUUGACCGGUCUGUAUGCAGGCUACUGAGCAUUCGGCGCCCCACAACGCCCAACGGCUCUACAUGGGCUGCAGUCGACAGCAAGGCUUUUGACUACUGCAACUCGUUCAAGAAGCCUUACUCUAUGGGCAACUCUUCACGACUCUUUGACGUGGAAUUCUUGGCCAUUCCGAUAUUCAAAAGUUCGCACUACUCGCUGAUGGUCGUGCCGUCCCCAAAGAGGCUGCUGUGCGCUACAACGGAUGAAGCCACUGCCCCUCUGGAGUUGAUCUUACUCGACAGUUACGGCACGCACCGUGAUGACCCAUCUGUGUUUGAUCGCGUCAAACUGUUUCUGGAGUUAACCGCCAAGGACCUACACCCGGAGUGUGACGAGGCCACGAUUGUUUCCGGUCUAAGGGAUGCGAAACCAAUUCCGAUGAAGAAGCAUCAGGUGCACCAGCAGGACAACACGCAUGAUUGUGGCAUCUUUGUGUGCCACUUCCUGAAGGUGUUGGUGGACACUGACUUCCGGAAACUGCGCUCUUAUCUGUACUUGGAGGGCGUCAGUGUGUUGGAGAUGCGGCGGGCCAUGCGGGGAGACCUAUGCAUGCAUGCGGCUGACGAACUUAUACUGGCGCUAGUGAGACUGGGAGUGGUCGUCCCGAGGCAACCCGCCCCCAGAGUCGCGAAGCAUGGUGCAGUUGUCGAUUCAGGUGAGGAGGAUGGCAACACGAAGCUGACACGGAUGCAGGUGGAGCACUACAGCCUGAAGAGGGACCUUGCGAUCUGGAAAGCAGCCGUCACAACCGUCGGAGCGGCCAUGGGCUACAGUGUCGACCAGCUCAUUGCUGGAGCUGCCCACGUCCUGCAGGAGCAAGCUUCUGAUGGGGGAGCGGCGACACCUGGCUCCAGCCGAUCCAUUGCACCGUCCACGCCCAAGCCACGUGCAGGCGCGCGGCCAGGCGCCACCGACAGCCCUGGUUCCAAAGGAGAGCCUCCUGUGAGUGUUGCCCAGGGUGGUGCCAGCACUGCAUCUGUCAAGAUAGGGGUGGUACAUCCGAGUCCGUGCCCGCUGCCCGUGCCGGCGAAGCCGUUGUGGUCACUGAAUGCCGCCCUGGUGAGUGUGCCCAUCACGCAGGAUGCAGCGCAUACGGUCGUUCACCCAAAUGGGACAAGGCCGGUGGUAUUGGCUAUGCCGGCAAAGAGGAAACGAGGCGACACUCCUCCGUCCGGGAGCGAUGCCGAGGGCGAUGUCGCCGCUUGCACGAGCAAGGGUAAGGGACAGGGACGUAGCUCCAAGUACAAGGGUGUGCGUAAGGAGAAGCGGGGGAGGUGGAGCGCCAAGAUCCUGUUCCGGGAGAAGAAUAAGGUUAAGCGCACCCAGAUGAGGCUGGAUGCGUACAACAAGGAACUGGAGGCAGCCACGGCGUACGCAGCAGCGGUGCACGUGGUCAAGGAGGGGCGACGUGUGUCAGGGACAGUGGAGCUGUCAGAUGAGGAGAGGGGUCUGCUGAAGGGGUGCACAUUGUCCGCUGUCAAGAGGCUGGUAAGGGGCAGACAGUGGUUUCGAUGGACAGAGUGGGAGACGGCACUGGCGGACUGUCCGGAGGAGGAUACAGGCGGGGAGGGGGAAGCGCACUCCGAGUCGCAUGAUGACCACGCGGCGGAUGCGCCUGGAUGUGCCGCCAAGGAGGUGGAGGAAGAGAUUGAGAUGGAAGGGGUAAGGAUGGGCGGUUCUGAGGCGAAGGUUGGGAGGGGAACGCCGCAUGAGCUCAAUGAGGAGGCGGCUGCUACGAUGGACGGAGUGGCAGAACAAGGGAUACAUACAGGGGUUGCGCUGGGGGAUGCCUUUGAGGGGGCGAUCGUCGGUGCAGGCGAUGAGGAUAUCGGCAGCGAUGGGGGAGGCGAGGCUGCGCCGGUCCGCUCCAAAGCGUUCGCGUCUGUUAUGGCAGACGUGAACCCUACCGCGCACGACACGGCGGCGAAGGCUCCGCCGCCCCCGGUGCCGGACAACCCUUUUGUGGCGAUGCCGAGCGGGUCUGCGCAGCUGGCAAGUGGUUCUCGCCGGGAGGAGACGUCCACAAAUGACAACGUCGUCAUAAGCCGUGCCGAGCUCGAGGCCCUGAAGACGGCGCGAGACGACGGCGACCGGCGGAUUGCGCGCCUGGAGGCGCUGCUGCUGGCCGCACAAGAUCCGAGAACGCAGAACAAGAGGCAGAGAUGUCCGAGGGAGGAACGGGCGCGCGGUGAUGCGAGGGUGAGCAAGCGCCGGCGGGUUGAUUCGGGCUCGAAGGACGCUUCAUCCGCUGAGGAGGAUGCGGUGGAGGCAGAAGCGGAGCCCGCGAGGGUCCGCCAUGUGCGCAGGAGGCGCCAUAUGACAGAGUCGAGCUCUCCCAUACUUCAGGAGGCGUUUGAUUUCAUGCCGGCGGGGAAGGCGUGGAAUGUGAGGUACCUCUUGCACUAUGCUGGUGUCGCAUUGGCGGCCGACAAAGUGCGACGCGAUGACUUGAACAAGACACUGAGCCAGUGGAAGACGGAGCUCGCAGGCCGCGUACGAGACAUUGCGCUGCAGCGCAUUGGACUGUGGCGCGACGAGAGAGAUGCGAAAAGUCCGUGGAAACGCGAGAAGCGCAGGGAGGCCGCGGAGGUGCGGCUUCGGUAUCGCGUUCUGGACGACGUGAACGGUUGGCUCUACACCGAGGACCUAACACUGUCAACCUGGAGCGAGAGCAAGACCGGUAUGAUUUUUGCUAGUGGGACAUUCACCGCGUGCGCCGCCACCGCCUUCCAGCCGAAGAAGGUCACAGGGACAGUGACGGUGAAACUGUACCAGUUGGCGUGGCUCGAGCAUGUGGUGACGGACACGAUCCUGAACUGGGACAAGCGCAAGGGCCGGCUGUCAAACUCUGCUGGCGGCAACGCGCAGGUGGUGAACGGGCUGCAGGAGGUCGCCGUUGCGGCAGUGGCACAAGCGAUCAAAGACUUCAAGCCAAUGUACGAUGCAGAUGCGGCGGCGUGGGUCUGGGGGGAACAUGGGUUGAUACUGUCGUCGGAUGGGCUCGAGCACCUGAUUCCCGGCCGGUAUGCGCAGAGGGCGCCAGUGGUGGAGGAAGGUGCAUCGGUUUCUCGAUAA